UCUGCUGAUUGGAAGCUGUGGGGGCUGUGCGUUAAGAAAAGUAGCCAUGGAGAACACUGAAAACUCAGUGGAUACAAAAUCCAUGAAAGAUUUAGAAACAAAGAUCAUACACAGAAGCAAAUCAAUGGACUCUGGAAUAUCCUUGGAUAAUAGAUACAAAAUGGAUUAUCCUGAAAUAGGUUUAUGCAUAAUUAUUAAUAAUAAGAACUUUCAUAGAAGCACUGGAAUGUCAGCUCGAUCUGGUACAGAUGUAGAUGCAGCAAACCUCAGAGAAAUAUUUAUGAACUUGAAAUAUGAAGUGAGGAAUAAAAAUGAUCUUAAGUGUGAAGAAAUUGUGAAAUUGAUGUGCAGUGUUUCUAAAGAAGAUCAUAGCAAAAGGAGCAGCUUUAUUUGUGUAAUUCUAAGCCAUGGUGAAGAAGGAAUAAUUUUUGGAACAAAUGGACCCAUUGACCUGAAAAUAUUAACAAAAUUCUUCAGAGGGGAUCUUUGUAGAAGUCUAGCUGGAAAACCCAAACUUUUCAUUAUUCAGGCCUGCCAGGGUACAGAACUGGACUCUGGCACUAAGACAGACAGUGGUAUUGAUGAUGACAUGGCGUGCCAGAAAAUACCAGUAGAGGCUGACUUCUUGUAUGCAUAUUCCACGGCACCAGGUUACCAUUCCUGGCGAAAUUCAAAGGAUGGAUCCUGGUUCAUUCAGUCACUUUGUGCUACGGUGAAAUUGUAUGCACACAACCUUGAGUUUAUGCACAUUCUUACUCGGGUUAACCGGAAGGUAGCAACAGAAUUUGAAUCCUUUUCCUAUGACUCCACUUUUCGUCCAAAGAAACAAAUUCCAUGUAUUGUGUCCAUGCUCACAAAAGAACUAUAUUUUUAUCACUAAAAAAUGGUUGACUUUUUUUAAGUUUGUAUGUCAAGUGAGGAAACAAUAUAAAUGAUACUGUAUUUCCUUCUCUAAUUGAAUACUUCAGAUGGUAGUUUGAAUCAUGCCAUUUGCCCAGCAAAAGAACCACAGUCCGGCUACCUCAGGCUCAAAAUCAGGUAGUUGAAAUUGAAUUUAAUUAGGAAUAAAUAAAUAUGGAUAUUGGAAUAAUCUUGUGAAAAGAUUAUUGUAAUUUUACAUAUUUCAUAAUUAGCAACAUUUUGUGAUGAUAUGCUAUGAGUUUUCAAGUAAUUAUGAGGAACUUAAACAUUGCAGUAAUGAAUUUUAAUGAUACUCCCCCUACACACUUGAGACUGUGCACUCUAGUAAUUGUUGUACUGUAGAAAUGAUGAUGUGGACUGAUGUGUUUUACACCUUGAGGAUCCAUGGGCAUGGUCAAAGGUUGAAGCUUUAUUUUAGAACUGAUGUAUGAAAAGGAAUCAAGUGCAUUUUAAAAUCACUUACAGCUCAUGAUUUUUGUGAUGUUUGUUCUGAGAAUGUAUUUCUUAUAAAAAUAGUUAUAUUUACUAUUGAGAAAGAAAAUAUUUCAGAGAAAGUAUGAGUAAACUGAGUUGAUUCUUUUAAGGCUAACAUGAAAUAUAAGUGGAGAGACAGAGUCAUAACUAUAAGGUGCUAAGAUCUACCAGCAUGUUUCUUCUCAUUUGUUCUUAUGCAAGUCAGGUGAAAUUUACACACCAGCAAAAUAUCUGAAGAUCUACUAUGUAAAAACCUCAAACCAUUACUAACUAGGGUGAUAUGAAGAAAUUCUACAGGAACAUACUAAAAUAUCAUCUGCAUAAGACACAGUGAAAUGUAAA